UUCAGAGUUCUCAAAUUUUAUUUGCUCUUUUUAGUUUGUGUGUGAUUCGUUAUAAGAAGAAACAGUUCCAUAGAAAAUUGAUGAAAAAACUCCAAAAGCAGUUAGACUCCGUCGUAUAAUAGUACAAUGUCUUUUUCAUUAUACGUUAAUAUAGUUGAUUUGGACAAAGCUAACAACUAUGUGACUUGCUCAUUACGAUCUGCAAUCGUUCUUUUUGUUUGUCAGUAUGUGAACUCUCCAAUCACUCUUGUUAUAGUCGAAAACAUCGAAAAAGACCAUCCUAAUUUUAGGUUUUCUCUAAACGGUUUACCUUAUUCAGUUAUACUUAGAGAAAAUUUAUCCAGACCAGCUGCUGACUGUUUAUUACCUGUAUUUCAAAAUGACAAUGAACCAUAUUGCACUGCAGGAUUUUGCUCUUCUCUGCGAAUGCUCAUAAAAAGUGUUGGUGAACAUUUUACAUGGUUACUUGGCUUUCGACAGAGUUGUUUAUCAGCAUGUGCUGAAGUUUCAUCGUGGACUAAAUUUUGUGAAGUAGAAAUUCAAGCAACAGUGGAAUCUUUUUUUAAAUAUAAAUUAACCGAUUUAAAUAUUUUGUUUCAAAUACCGACACAGUUAGCUCGAUUUGAAUGUCAUCUAUCUCAGCCCCUGCAAAUACAUAAUAUAAACAAAAGGUUGAAUGAAAAAUCAUUUCAUCCGACUCAGAGAUUCGCCGAUGAAGAUAAUCCAACUUUAUCAGAUAUACUUAUAAUACCAAACAUUCAUAUAGCAUGUAGAUUAUUAGGAGAAACUGCUGUUGUUCAGUUUUUGCCGUUAACUUGGAAAUGGUACACAUCAGUUAUCGAACGUCUCAAUAUUAUUAAUUAUUUGAAUAAUAUACAUUUUGAAACUGUGCAAUUGCCAUCUCAACUUGUUUUACCCGAAGUUCCAAUUCAUUCUUUGUACAAGUGUGAUUUGCGUAGAUAUAAUCCUCGGUCAAAAAUAUAUGUUAGACAAAAUGUUCAAGACAUAAUUCAGUCGUUUAAUACUAUAAAUAUUGAUUUAUCCAUAAAUACUUUUGAUUUAAAAUCAAUUAAUUGGGCCGAGUUACCAUGUGAAGCUCUUCCAGCUGGUGGUGACAUACCUGUUAAACGAUUAGAACGGAAAACACAACAGUUGGAAAAUUUAAUUCAAGCGACAUUAAAAGUUGCAAAAGAAGGUGAUACUGUAGUUGAUUUUUGUUGCGGUAGUGGGCAUUUAGGGAUUGUCAUAGCUUAUCUCGUUCCGAGUUUAACAGUGAUAUUGGUUGACAAUAAAGAAGAGUCAUUAAGACGAGCCAAGGAACGUAUAAAAAAAUUGAAGCUAAAAAAUAUCAUGAUAGUACAUUCAAAUUUAGAUUAUUUCAAUGCUGAUUUUCAGGUUGGCGUAUGUCUUCAUGGGUGUGGUGUAGCCACAGAUUUAGUAUUGGAAAAAUGUAUAUUACAAAAUGCAUCAUUUGUUGUUUGCCCAUGUUGUUAUGGAGGCAUUCAAGAUAAUCACAUUUUGGAAUAUCCUCGAAGUCAAGCCUUAAAGCAGGCACAUUUUACUUUUAAAGAUUAUUUAGUUUUAUGUCAUUGUGCCGAUCAAACUCAUUUUGACCCUAACUGUACAAAAACACAACAAGGCUAUACAUGUAUGGCUGCAGUUGACAAAGAUCGUGCAACAAGAGCCAUAGAAGCUGGUUACGCUGUCACACUUUAUAAACUAAAACCUCCUACUUGUACACCAAAAAAUAAUAUGCUCAUUGGAAUUCCAUUGUAAAUUAUUAAAAUAUUAUUAAAUAAAAAAAUACGUGAAAGUAAUAUUGCAUACAGUGGUAUAGUCAAAGACAUUAAAGAGAGCUAUUAAAGUAAAUAAAUAUAUUUUAAUUAGUGAUCCACUAAUUCACUGUAUAUCUGUAGUUAAAAUAAAAAUUGUGUACCUGUGGAUAUGAGUACACGCACACAUAACAAGGAGGAAGGAGUGUACACACAUU